AGAACACUUUUGGAAUUGUUUAGGUUGUAAUUCUAUGACUAAUUAGAAUCCACUGGCACGUGGAAAAGCAACAAAUUUAUCAGAUUUUUUGUGACAUAAUGAUGGUUCAAGGUUGAAGUUUAAAGUUUUGGCAAAUGGUUUAUAAUUGGCGUUUUUUUUAUUUUUAUACAUAAUUUUAAUAUAUAAUCAAUAAUACAAUGUCAUUGAAUAACAUUCGUAAUGAUUGUUUUUUCUAGGUUUGUGGCUUUCACAAAUAGACACCCCAUUAUAAGGGGAAUGCUUUCAUAUGGAACAAUUUGGCCUGUAUCUUGUAUUAUCCAACAAACCAUUGCUGGUAAAACAUGGGAAAAUUAUGACUGGCUACAUGCGCUAAGAUUUAGUUUAUAUGGUGGACUCUUUACUGCACCAACUUUAUAUGGAUGGAUAAGAUUAUCUUCAGCAAUAUGGCCUAAAAAUACCUUUAAGACAUCAAUAACAAAGGCCACAGUGGAGCAGUUUACAUAUGGUCCAUUUGCCUUGAUAUGUUUUUUCUUUGGCAUGAAUAUUUUGGAAGGAAAAAGUAUACAAGAGGCUGAAACUCAAAUUAGAGAAAAAUUUUUUCCAACAUGGAAGGUUGGAAUUUGUGUUUGGCCUGUUGUACAAACAGUAAAUUUUUUAUAUAUCCCUGAGAAGAAUCGAGUACCUUUUGUCAGUGCUUGCAGUUUAGUAUGGUGCUGCUUUCUGGCAUAUAUGCAUGAAUUACAAUUAAAACAAAAACAAAUAGGACAUUCAAUUAUGAAAACGAGUUAAU